AUGGUGAGUGUGAUGAAGGGAAAGAGAACAAGUAAAAGAGAAAAGGGCAAAUGGCAAAUGGCAAAUGACACUUUUAAUACAUCUCAGCGAAAUGGCCAAGCAUUUUACAUUAAAACGACAUUGCCUUCUUCGAAAGCGACUUUAGUUUUAAUUAAAAAUUCCCCCUCGAGCUUGUCGUUCAUAAUAAUCCAAGCCCACGCUCAAGAAAAUUUGACUCUCAUCACUAAAAAUGCUCAAAAAGUAUCUAGAAUUGCUGGUACCAAUAUCGGGCUGCAAUUAGACUCUAAACUCAUCAAAGAUACUCAAAUAAAUGUGAUAAAUGAUAAGAAUAAGACUGUACCAGCUCUCAUAGCCAUCACUGCCUAUACUUUUAAAGCUCCCGUACCAGGAGGCUGCAAUAUGGAAUUUGAUAUAGAAGUAUCACCGUAUCAGCGGCUAAUGCUCACAAACUCUACAAUAAUCAUCGACUCGCAGCCAGCGUCUGCCCCACUUAUCAAUGGGCUCAAAUUACCAUGUGAAAAAAACCUUGUGACCUACGAAAUUUAUCGUCUCUAUACAGAUGAGAGUGAUUUUAACAAUGAAACUUAUUUUUCAACUAUUAUCAAAAUGCUUACAGUUGACGAUAUUAUUAAAAAUGCUGUAAAAAUACCAACAUCAGCUUCGAGGUCACCGAUGCGUAAAGUUUAUAGUUCAUACCCACGAACUGGAUCAGCGUAUGUAAUGAUAGCAACGUUUGGUAACCAUUCAUCAGCAUACGUACCAAUAUUUUCUUACGGCUGUACUCCAUUCUCAACUGAAAUUUCUUGUGAUUAUUUAAAAACAGCAAUGUCAAAAGUACUCUGUGCAUCUGUACUAUUUUUUGGAAUAUUUUUAACAUUGAUAACCCGGCGGCGUUAUGAAGUAGAAUUAUUUCUACUUGGAUGUUUUUCUGGCGGUAUAAUAGGCUACAUAAUUUUACACGACAAUCAAAUGGAGGCUGAAUAUGGUCAACUAGUAUUGGUUAAUGACACAACAUUUUGGAUAAUUUACUCGACAAUAGUAACAGCCGUGGUGUUAUUACUCUGUAUAUUUUCACCGAAUUCAAAUAUUAUCUGCUGUGCUUUUAUUGGAGCAUUCGCAAUAAUUUUGCCGAUUGACUACUGGGUUGGCUCGAGCCUAAAAUACAUUAUUAUCAACACUGUACGACGGAUUACAGUUUAUGGAUUUAACGUUGCUAUUAUUCAUCCACCCUUCCAAUCUAAAGACAUAUGGUUGUCGGUCUUCUGGAUAUUGUUGGCACUACAAAGUAUUCACUUACAAAGAAAAAGAUUACAGGGUGGAAGUCCAUUAUUUCCACGUCGUGUCGAUUAUAAUCUUAUUGACUCGGAAAGUUCAUAUCCAAUUAUAUCCGAGGAACCGCAUCAUCAAGGGACAUUUUUAAUUGGUAAUAAUUCAACAAUAACAACAACCAAAAAUUAUUCUACAUUUUUUAAAUAA